AUGUCUUGCGGACUGUUGCUCGAGUCCCUUAAGAGCACCAACGUAACUCAAAAAUAUGUUGUACCAAAGGGACACACGCAACACAAAGGUCAUAACUCCACAACACAGAGGUUAGGAGGUAGCGUGGAAUCCACACCAGCACUGGGGUCAUCCCCCAUUGACACAGAGGUCGAACAAAAUAGCUCCCUCGACGACACAGAGGACGCAUGA